AUGUCAGGACCGAGGCCUGUGGUGCUGAGCGGCCCUUCUGGAGCUGGGAAGAGCACUCUUAUGAAGAGGCUAAUGAAGGAUCACGAAGGCGUUUUUGGAUUCAGCGUGUCACACACAACGAGAAACCCUCGACCAGGAGAGGAAGAUGGCAAAGACUACCACUACACAACAAAAGAGGCCAUGCAGGAGGGCAUUGAAAGGGGUGACUUCAUUGAGAAUGCUGAGUUUUCCGGCAACAUGUAUGGAACAAGUAAAGCUGCCAUUGAAGAUGUGCAGGCUCAGAACCUUAUCUGCAUCCUGGAUGUGGACAUCCAGGGGGUGAACAGGAUUAAGGAGACUGACCUGAACCCCAUCUAUAUCUCCAUCCAACCUCCCUCCAUGGAAAUCCUGGAAAAACGUCUGAGGGACAGGCAGACAGAGACGGAGGAAAGUCUACAGAAACGCCUGGAGGCUGCACGCAUUGAUAUGGAGCUCAGUAAGGAGCCAGGAGUGUUUGAUGUCAUUAUCAUCAACGAUGAUUUAGAGAGGGCCUACGAGGAGUUGAAAGAAAUCCUUGCUGAGGAAAUCAAAAAGGUUCAAGAGGCCAAAUCAUAA